AGGUCAGCAUAGAGGUCAGCGACAGCCCAGAAGCAGCAGCAGCAGCGCCAGUCACCAUGAAGUUCGCACUCUCCUCCUGCGCGGUGUUCCUGCUGCUCGUCGCACUGACCCACGCCGACCAGUGUUGCACGUUUGGCCAGACAAAGAGCGAGGACUGCAAUGCGUGCAUCUGCACCGCCAGCGGCGAGUGGGCCUGCACCGGGAUGAAGUGCCGCGCCAAGAGAGAUAUUAGCUGCGAACCAGGCGUGGAAUUCACGGAUCAGUGUAACUCCUGCAAAUGCGGACCAGAUGGGUUGUCAGCCUCCUGUACCGCCAACACCUGCAAUAACUAUUAGACAACAGGGUUCCUUCCAGUAUCAGCCAACUGGUGACGAAAUUCCUCGUAUUAAAAUACUUUUGAUGGCUGAAAAAAACUAACAUCUCCAGAUGUUCUUGAGGCAGUCCAAGGACAACAUACGGCUUCCUAGUGUUCCAUCUGCACCGAAAUCCUUAUCACUUAAAUUGGAACUUCGUGUGUAGCGUUUGG